AUGGCCUCACUAUCCACUCUCGCUGAAGACAUCAUGCAUGGCAUAUGCGAAUACCUCACGACCCGCGACAUUUUCCAACUCACCCUCACUCAAAAACGCUUUGCAACGUCAUUCGAGCGAAGUCUCCUGCUGCACCGCGAUUUAGCAUCGCAAACAUACACCGCGAUGCUAGCAGCCAUUAUCAGAAAUGAAGUAGACCGGGUCGAGGAACUCUUAAAACUCGGCUACGAAGCUAAGUUUGCCUGUUCAAGGUCUGUGCUUGCCUGCCCGGCCGACUUUGACUUCCCAGUCGACAAUCUGAUGCUUCAAGCGCCGUCAAACGUUGCCAUUAGAAGGCAGUGUCUGGCUGCGCUCCUGAUUGAGCGACUGUACCGUCCCGCGUGCGAUACGCACAAGAUCUGGAUAAACUACUCCGUCCUGGCCCACGCCAUCUUGGAAGACCAGGUCGAAACCGUCAAACUCCUUCACAAGUACGGCGCAGAUUUGGAAAAGCCGCUGCUGCAGGUCUUUGCGUUCCGUGGCAUGCCAGUGGAUGUUAAUCACCAAAUCAGUGUCCUGCACCUGGCGAGCAGCAGUGCCAUGAUCGAGACACUCUUAGAGCUUGCCCCGAACAUUCCCAUCGACAAGGACAGAUUCAUGCACACAGAACCGUUGCUUCUCUGGCAUGUCGAGAGAGGCACAGAUGUCAGAGGCCUCCGGCGACUGUUGGAAGCUGGCGCUCAUGUCGACGGGGCACGUCCGGCGACACAGCGAAUCGGCUUUUGCCAGUGCGAACAGGAGGACACCAUGCACGUCUUUCUAGAUCACAAAUCACCGCUCGAGGCCGCCAUAUGGAACCUGGACCGGGAUGCCGUUGAGCUUUUGCUAAAACACGGGGCGUCGACGGUGUACCCGCCCAACGACGGAGGCGAAGUGACUUGUUUACAGGAAGCGAUGAGAAUUUUCCUCAUGGAGCACAAGCCGGAGGAUCUAGAGGUCAGCUUGCAGAUAUUUCGCCUCCUGAUUGACCACGGGUUCGACGUCAACCGCGAAUACACUGAGUGGGCGGAGUGGACACCUGAGGGUACGCGCCUCCGGCCAACAAGAACCAGAAUCAACCUGGUAGUGGACAGCCUUAUCUACUACGUAUCUGCCGAGAUGUUCCAGCUUCUUCUCGACGCCGGAGCAGAUCCAUUCAACGAGCCGGGUCUGGGGGCAGGAGACAAAAGCUACGUCGUCAUCCUCGGCUUGUCAUCGUCGGUAGCGAGAUUGUAUCCCACUGAUAUGACCGAGCCCGAAAGGCUGUCCCUACAGAGCGCAAAGCUGAAAGCACUAAUCGCCAAGAGAGCAGAGUCAGAUCCCAGCGGCUGCGACCGCACGUUGUUAUUCAGGGCUGCGAUGGAAAUUUCCCGACCAUGGGAACUCCAUCAGGCGUUCAAAGUUCUUCAGAAUGUUUUUGGAUCGUUCGAAGAGGAGCUUAGUCUCCUCGCAGACACCAUGGGCCGAGUGAAAAGGAUGCCAGGAGUCCUUCACGAGAGCCGACAGAUGAUUGACUUUCUCAUCCGCUGCGGAGCCCCCGUCAAUCACCCCAAUUCCGAGGGGGAGACACCUUUACACGUCGCCUAUACGCUCUCAAUAGCAAGUCCUUUGCCCAUCGGCGAAACGGACGACCUCCUGGCGUGGGACGUUGACGAGGAGCAGGGAUUUAUGGUAGGCUGGGCUAUUGGAACCAAUUACUUCUUUGGCAAAAAAACUAUCAAUGGCAUCUUCAGCACGACAAUCAGUGGUCCGGCGGAGGCAGAGAAGCGGGUACGAAAUGCGAACGCAAUUUUUGACGCCUUGAUCCAGGCCGGGGCGGCUCAGAAUUUGCUGAAUGGGAAGGGGGAGACGGCAGCGAUGGUGAUGGCUCAGCAUGGAUGGAUUCAGCUACCGCCUUCGCCUGGUCCCGAUUCAGAUCGUCUCGCUGGAGAUGAAAUGAAGUCGGAUUCGGCGCAGAUGGAUGAUGUUGUGGCGAAUGCCUUUGGGAUCUGGAAGCAGUUUCAGCAACUUGCAUUGGGGGAGGCGGGUUCCAGACUCAAGGACGUCGCAGUGCAUCUACUGUCUUCUAAUGAACACCUCAGCGAUUUCAACAACCAUCAGUCCCGUCUGCCUCCCGCUGAAAGCUCGGCUUUCACGUGUGACGAGACACGCCCGGAAUGCCUCGCUUGCGUGAAGAAAGGAGUAAAGUGCAGCGGCUACGAGCGUCCCGUGACCUUCAGAGACGUCACCACUCGAGCAGCCGAGUCUUCGAGGAAGUUUGAGGAAGCUAGAUGGGCCGCUCUACGUCUUGAGGAUGAGCGAAGGAAACGACGCCGUAUUGGGUCAAUCGGGGAGCCGUCCCCUGUCGCUCGGGAGUCAUCAACGCCGGAAGAUGUUAUAGAAUUGCCGGCGAGAGAUGAUGCGUUGCCAGCUACAGCCCUGGCACCUAUACCUCCAUGGCACUCGGCGAAUGCUGAGGGCUGGCUCGCUGGGUCCUUCACCUUACCGUGGUCACUUUUCGACACAUCUGGUGCUUCUUCCGCGAUUCGAGAUCCGCCUCAACAACAACAGGAGGUAGUCGGACCAAGGGAUACCUCGAGCGGAAUAGAGCAACCUACAAAGUUCGAGAAUUCUGCCAACCGGUUGACGCUGACAAGUGGAGUACCAAACAGCUCGGCACCGGUAGCGGAAGCCCCGAGCCCAGCUUUGACGACUGGGUGGGACGAGUUCCUCGUCACCGACGGUUCGUCUCCGGGGUCUUCCACGUCCACCUCAUCUCCCCUAGGCGAACCGACGGUAGACUGCCAGCUAUCGAUACCUCUAGAAGAGGUCCUUAUCCAGCACUUCGACAGAAACGUCCUUCCUUUGAUACCAGUUGCUCUCUCCUUUCCGAGUCUCUUCCGCCAGAGCAGCUGUUUCAGAUCAGCGGCCCUAGCUCUGUCCGCCAGCAACAUUAAGCUGACGCAACCUCUUCCCAUCGACCCGCUCGUGCUCCGUCGAGUAUGCGACGACAGCAGCGUCUGGAUCUACUAUGACACAGCGGUCAAAGGCCUCCAAGCUCAAGUUCAGAACGUGGAAAACUACCGCGGUGAGGAGCUCGCGGGCGCCGCUUUACUGCUUGCCUACCACGAGCUGGAAGCCGGCACAGCCCUGGGAAUCAGGAAUCACGCUACCGGGCUGGACGCCAUCGCAUCCAAGCUCGACUUUGCCGCGUCGUCCAUCCCCGACCUCUUCAAAGCCUGGCGAAUGCUUCGCUACGAUGUUCGUUUCAUGAUGUUGCCGACGCGAGCGACAUGCAAUGUUGUAGACAAUUACGAUGUCUCGAGUCUACUAGACCCGCAACUAGCAAUUCGUGAUAUAUUAUUCAGGCUACAUGGCCUUCAUGCACGCUAUGCGAUGGAGGCUACAUUUAGCCAAGAUACGACCGCAGACGGCGAUAGCGCUUCAGAGAAAGUUGCACUGUGGCUUAUGUCUGUCCUCGGCCGGGAAUCGGAUCGCCGUAAUGUGCGCCUCAAGGACUUUCACAAGGAGAACCUCACACCUGAUACGAUAUUGCGGCAGUGCGAUGUGUUUUCGCAUCGGCUGGAUAACUGGCACAGGGGGCUCUGCGACCACGAUAUGCCGGUCGUCAAUCUUGGGGCGGAUUCGGAUCUGAUCAGUGGCGCUACUUUUGAGACUUUUGUCACUUACCGUUUCGGUGACACGAGAAAAGCUCUUGAGUACGUGAUUUAUCUCGUGUGUAGGAUGACGUGCAGCUACCUGCGGUCUCUGUUCGACCCGUCUGUGCAGUCUUCGGGCACAGAUGCACUCGCCAAGGUCAUUCUUGGUAUUGUUUGUGGUAUGAACAUGCAACACCGACAGCAAUUCACUGUUCUUCGGGUGGAUGUACUGCUCAGGAUGGCUGCAGGCUUGUCCGAGGGCACAAACUUUAUCACCACCGUUCUCGACUAUCUGCUACCAAGACUGAUUUCUUCGGGUCUCACUGGUCCUGAUAUUGUUGCGUGGGUCUACUUGAAAUCAGCGUUGGAGCUUGAGCUCAGGGAAAGACGGAAGGGCCGGGCGAUCAGGAUGACCAUCGAUGGAGUCGAGGAGGACUGUGAAAUGUGGCAAUUGGUGAACAGGCAUCCCGUCGCUGCGUUUGGGGAUUACAAUGGGAAGGGGUACUUCAGGGAUUGCUAUGUCAUUGAGUGUCUAGGCUGA